AUGUCAGGGACUGCACAACCCAUUGAAGUAAUUGUAGAUACUAACCUUAAAAAAGAGGUUGAGGAAAAUAGGAGCAAACUAGCUCCAAUUAUCGAUACUGUUCUUUUUUGUAGCCGCCUUGGUUUGCCGUUGCGUGGGCAUCGUGAUGAUGCUAAAUAUCACCCGGAAGUGGGCAGCUAUUCCACUGGGGGUGUUGGUAAUUUUGUUGAAUCACUUAAUUUUAGAGUUCGAGCAGGGGAUAAAAUUUUAGAAGACCAUUUGAAAACUUGUGGUAAGAACAGAAGUUACAUUUCAAAGACAAGUCAGAAUAAGAUAAUUAAUUGUUGUGGUCAGGUGAUCAGUGAAAAGAUCAUAAACGAUAUAAAGGAAAGUAAGUUUUUACUAUUAUUGCUGACGAGGCUGCAGAUUCUUCCCAUAGAGAGCAAAUGUCCCUUGUUUUACGUUUUGUUGAUACUGAUAUGAAUAUCAGAGAAGAAUUUAUUGCGUUUCUACACUGCAAAUGGGGAUUAAGUGGUGCCCAACUUGCUAAACUUGUACUAGAAGCUUUAAAUUAUUUAACUUUAUCUAUUGAAGAUUGUAGGGGACAAGGUUAUGAUGGUGCAGGUUCUGUUGCAGGGCACAUCAAUGGAUUGUCUGCACAUAUUUUAAGGCUAAACCAGAAAGCCCUUUAUACACAUUGUUACAGUCAGACUAAAUUUAACUGUUUGUGACUCUUUAAAUAUAGUAAACACCAUGCUGAAACAUGUAAACGAGGUUUCUCAUUUUAUCAACAUAUCUCAGACGCGUAAUAUGCCUUUUGAAGAUAUCAUAAAGACCCAUAGUUCUGAUACAGAAAGCAGAAAAACGAAGUUGGGUGAUGUUUGUCGAACUAGAUGGGUUGAGCGUAUUGAAGGUUUGGAUACAUUCACAGAGCUUUUUGUCCCAUUACACUAUACACUUGAAGCUAUGAAAACUAACUCAGCGGGUGAGUAUAAUCCGUCUCUUUCUAGUGAUGCAUCCUCCCAUCUAACACGUAUUUUAAAGUUUGAAUUUGUUGCAGCUUUAGUUAUUACCAGACAUAUUCUUGAUGUCACUCUUGAUGUUACAAAAUUAUUACAAGGGAAAACUAUAGAUAUAAUGGAUGGCAUUCAUCUGAUUAAUAGUUUAAAAGAUAAUAUAAUUUUAAUGAGGAAUUCUGUUGAUAGAUACCAUAAUAUUUGGUAUGAAGAAGCUUUGCAAUUGGCAAUUAAAGUUGGUCUUGAAGAGUCAAAGCCACGGACAGUGGGGAGACAAACUGCUAGGGCAAACCACCCAUUCAAGACCAUUUCUGAGUAUUACAAACGAACCAUCACCAUCCCGUUUAUUGACCAUCUUCAUUCAUCUCUACAAGCACGAUUUGAUAUUGAUAGUGUUAAUGUUUACAAAGGGUUAAGUAUUGUUCCUUCCAAAAUGUUAUCUUUAACUAGGGAUGGAAUUGACUGGAUAGAGGAAUUUAAGACUCUUGCUACUUUUUAUUAUGAUGAUUUGCCCAAUCCCUUAGCAUUAGAUGCUGAGCUGUCAUUGUGGGACACAUACUGGACGACAUUUGAGGGACCCUGCCCUUCUAACAUAGCCACGACAUUGAAAGCUGUCCGAUUUGAAGGUUUUACAAACAUUAAAGUUAUACUUCGUAUUUUAGGUACACUUCCUAUUACUUCUUGCGAGUGUGAACGCUCUAUUUCAGCACUUAGGACACUCAAAGAUUAUAAGAGAAGUACUAUGGUUGAAGAACGCCUGAAUGGUCUGGCUUUGAUGAAUAUUCAUCAAGAAAUUAUUCCAGAUACAAGAAAGAUAAUUGAUAAAUUUUCUGUUGGAAACACUAGGUUAAAAUUUAGUUUCUUAAAUACACAUUACAUCUUUUGAAAAAUAUACAAGUUAAACUAUUAACAUUACGAAUAAUAUAACAUAUAUGAUGACCAUGGUCCAUGGAGACCGACAAUUGUAUCAUUCAAGUAUACUCUUUUUGGAUUUAAACGUAAUUCUGUUACGUAGAUCCAUCAAUCCUUUUAAGCAUCACCAUGUAG